AUGGCUUCCACGCGAGAGGAGCGGUUGCAAAUGCGCCAGCGCGGCGCUGGAACGCAUAAGACGAAAGCAAUUGAUUUCGGCUUUUCAUUCGGUGGAGGAGCCAUCGACGCAUCAGCUCCAGUAAUACGACCUCAGUCAUUGGUACCAGAUCAAUCAGCGCAAGUUGAGGUUGCGCCGACGGUCGCAACCUCCCCGAGCUUGCAUGCGAAUGCCAACAUUCAGCGCACCCCUGAAAGUGCGCGAACUAGCUUACCAGCGCGCCCGUCACCCUACGACAUACCCAUCGAAGACGAGCCGGAUCAACCGCGCAGCAACAAAAGGAGAAAACUCAAUCCGUCCCCUCGAAACUCAAUUACUCCUUUGCGCGCAUCGACUGCAAUUGUCGAGAAAGAGACCUUGACGACGACUGAAACGUCUGUAUCCCUCGCCGGGACCUUCAGCAAUGGCCAAACAUCUCUUUCCACUACACCGCGGGCUACUCAGGUCAUCACAAGUGGUCCGUUACAGACGGAGCACGAACAAUCACAGUUGGGAGAGCCCAAUAAAGAAUCAAACGAUCAGGUGUUACCCUCCGAGUCGCCGCAAAAUGAACCCACGAGCCCAGGAAUCACCCACCCUAGUCCACCGAAGGUGCCGCAGCAAGAACAGCGGCCGCAGACUCGUUCCAAGAGUCAAUCACCUCAGCAAAAGACAGGUCCUUCAGCGGAGAAGACAGUCCGAGCUGCCAACACAAGGACGCGGAAAUCUACUUCGCCAGCUGUUGUGACAACCCCCGAAGGAACAGACAUCGCACCGACCGAGUCGACCCCCGGUGGACAGAUUCUCCCCUCGCCGCAACAAGGAAACCAUAACAAAGACCGCUCGUUGCGGGUCUCUACGCGUAGGCGGUCUUCGGAUGCACAGGAUGAAGAUAUCCAGGCUACCAUUGAUGCCGGCACUCGUGCAGUGCCUGGACGCGAGGCAGACCCCGCUGGGAUCAACAAAUCGAGGAAAUCACGCAGCAACAAGAAAUCUCCUAAUCCUCGGCCAUUAGAGGAGCUAAAUCCAGAGGAGACAAGUGCGGUAAACAACAUAUCUCUUGCAGAAAUCGCACAGCCCCCGUCUCGCACACAUAAAAAGCGCGGCCGAGGUAUGGUGUCACCGGGCGCCAGCAAAGGUCAACCAGCAGCUCCGCAAGGCCGCUCACAGAGUCCCGUCGAAACACAAGUGCCCGUCGCCACGUCAGCGAGCGCUCGUACUCGGCGGGGCAGGAAGAAGAAAAGUGCGGGCGCAGCGUCCGGAGGCCAAGCCGAGGAUACUGCCAACCGUACGCGAGAGGUGCCCGAGACGGACGCUGACGGGGACACGGAGAUCAAAGCCGGUCCUCCUGAGCGGCAGCCCGUGCUGUCGGCAAGGGCCAAGGGCAAACGCGCAGCUAAGGCAUCAACGACCAAUCCAGAAGAGCAACCCGAUUCGGAGGUCACGGAAGAGCCAAAACGAAAGCCACGAGCACCUCGAGGCGACACCGUGCCGGUCACGGUUCACCGUCUGGUGAAUGUAGGUGCACUAAAUGCGCUUGACGCUGACGCCGAGGGAUCUCCCGAAGAUGGUCUCUCUAGUGCGAAAGCCAAGUUGCCUACUCGAGGUGGUGUCAAUGCAGCCGAUGUCUUGGGACAAAUCUGUCGAGAAACGCUGGAAAAGACUCUCGAAAAACUCAAGGCGGGUAUUGAAAACGAGACUAACGCCCAUAAACGUGCGGAGUGGUCACGCAAGCGAAAGGCUGUCGAGGAAUUCGGCUCAGAGCUGGACAGCCGCCUAAUGGACAUUAGCGAAGUCCUUGAGAGCAACUUUGUUCUGGGCAUGCAGUUGAAAAAGACCAAACGUGACGUGAUGGAUCUACGGAAUUAUCUUUAUCAAGUGCGCAAAGAGCGUGAGUCAAUAGCGAUACAGAUGGAUGCCGUGCGAGCGAAGCAUAUGGACGAGGAAAAAGCACAAUCGGCCCGCAACACCAUCAACAACUCGCUCCAUAGUCUUGAAAUGGCUCUGGAUCGCUCACAGACUCGAGCUGAAUCAGGUAGUGGAAUGUCACCAUCUGACCUUGAAUUUAUGCUGCGUACUGUGGCCGACAAUAGGCCACAGCACGUCGCCUGGAGCGGUCCUGACCGCAAUACCUUUGCUCAGGAAGGGGAUACAGACAAAUCGGUCGAUGUUACCGGUGUUUGUCACUUAUUUUGA